CAACACGACGGAAUUUCAAACCAGUCCGUCGUGUGUGUUGUUGAAGGAAGCGUGUGUUUAACGUUUUGCAGCAGCAGCGCGGAUGGAUUGCUGAACUUUUAGCUGCGUAACAUGUAGUUAUCUGUUAAGCUCGUUUUUAAUAAUAAUUUUUUAAAAAAUGUCGGAAACGAUAGCGUCAACACAGAGAGGAGGAUUUCUGGACAUUAGUCCAGUGCGGAGAGACGACGGUAACAAGGAGAAUGAUGUCCCGGUGUUGAGUUUGAUCCAGUUUUCAAAGGCUCCUUUUUUAACAUUUGGUGCAGUAAAGUUGGGGACCUCUAAAUCGGCUGUAUUACGGAUCGAGAACCCCACAGAGGAUGCAGAGGCGGAGGUCACCGUGGAAAAGAUCCCCUCGAGUAAAGGCUUUUCUGUGGACCGCAGCACGUUCACCAUUCAGCCUGAGGGCUCAUUCAGUUUGACAGUGACCUGGACUCCAGCAGAUGAAGGUGGAAUCAGAGAGCUCAUCAUCUUCAAUGCCAAUGGGGUCCUCAAGCACCAGGCUGUACUGCUGGGGAGAGCCGAGGCACCCAAGAAGAAAAAGAAAAGCUUGUGGGACAAGAUCAAAAACAAACAAGGGGAUGAAAAAGUAACCGCACCCAGGAGAAAGAUAACCGAGAAACCACUGAAGAUGGCAGCCAAUAAAACCUUCCAGGUGUCCCGAAAGUCGCAGUACAAACGGGAAAAGCCUCGUAGCCCGCUCGCUUCUCUCAACGAAGGCAGAGCUGUCAGAGAGAGGUCCCUCUCCAAGCACAGCCCCAUUGAUGAUUACCCACAGAAGCCAGAGGCCUUGAAUCCCACCCAGAGGCAACGCUCUCUGGGUCUGUCAGACCAGGAGAACAUCCAUCAUGUUCAGAGGAACUCUCCCCUCGUCCUACUCGUCCCAGCUGGAAAGCUGAUGGACUCUGGCAACAUGUCUGCCAGUCCAGACGCUUUGAUGAGCAAACCCGAAAACAAAGAUCUUACCAAAAUAUUCAACACGACUCUGUCACCCAUCGGGACGCCGGAGAGGUUUAAGAAGCUCAUGCCUCAUAUUCAGUCGGAUAGCCCACUUACUGCUGCGGUUAAGUCUGUGGCUGAUGCCGGCGGCUCUGACAGUGGGUUAACUGGAACCCCAGUCCUAUCUUUGAAAGAUGCACUGGCCCUCAUCGACUCUGAUUUGAGCCAGGUUAACACCAGUCCUCGAGACACUAGUUCCAGCUGCGGCUUUUCAGACUCGCUGGAAUCAAAGAGUGGGAAUCGUGGCCGUGGACCUGACGGAAAUGUCCUUAAAGAAUUCCCCGAUAGCCCGCAGGGACCAGAGUCUGAUGAGCCUAGACUUACUUUCUUUGUCAACAAAACUGUUGUUGUGAGUGAGGUUGUUGUCUCAGCAGCUGAUAUGGCAACAGAAAAGGUCAAAAAGGCCUCGUUUACCUCUGCAACAGUGACCAAGAGCAAAGCGCCCGUGGAAGCAAACAGUUCGAGUGGAAGGAAAAUAAAGAAGUCAAGGCGGAGGCUCUUGGAGAAAACACUUGAGCUCUCCGAUGGCAACAGCCAGUGUGAGUUUGGACCAGACACCCCGAGCCUUCCUGUCAUAGACCCAGACCACCCCACCAAGGAAUGGCAAAGCCCUGAGGCUUCCAGCUCCCUGUGCCACAACAGGCAUCAAGCCCAGGAGUUGACCUCCUCUGUCCUAACUUCAGAACUCAACCGCUCGCCCACACCCAUCACCUUCCCCAUCUCCGCCCCUCCAUCUAUGACUCCUGCUCGCUUCUCUUUCUCAAUCACUUCCCCUCCACCUGCAGUCACUGCUCCCUAUGCUGCCCACACCGUCACCUCUCCGCUGCCGUUGGGCUCAUCUUCUCCUCUUCACCUCAACCUCAUGUCAACCUCUAAUGCAUAUGAGCUGUCUCCAACCGUUCCCACACCUCCGUCCAUUCAGGAAGACUCCUUUCCUAUUCACGUGGCUGUGAAGAGCAAGAAGAGGAAGAGCGAGGAGUUCUUGAAAAGAGACGGGAAGGCUGAGGAUGCCGGGAAAACGGAGCGUGUCAAAAGGAGCAGGGUGGUGGCUGGAAAAACCGAGCCUCCGAGAUCGGUGCAGGAGAGGAGGAGUACAUCACAGAGGCAACAGCCAAGAACAGCAGGCUCCGUGCGCUCCAUGACUACAGCAUCUCUAAGGACUGCACGCUCUGCGCUCCCUGCCCAAGCAAAGCCACCAAACGCCAAAGUCACAUCUCGAGGUGCCCAGUCUCUGAAACCAUCUGCUGCGUCAUCUGUGAAGACGGCAAAAAUUGUUGCUGUAGCGCAGUCAAAGCUGACCUUCAUAAAGCCAGCGCAAACAGCCAUACCGAGGCACCCAAUGCCGUUUGCCGCCAAGAACAUGUUCUAUGACGAGAGGUGGAUUGAGAAGCAGGAGACGGGAUUCACGUGGUGGAUCAACUAUGUCCUCACUCCAGAUGACUUUAAAGUCAACACCGAAGUCGCUAAAGUGAACGCCGUGAACAUUGUCAUGGGCAGCGACGACAAGUUCAGCGUGCCCAAAGCGCCCACCAAAGAGGAGAUGUCCUUCAGCACCUACACGGCCCGGCGGAAGCUGAACCGCCUCCGUCGUGCGGCCUGCCAGCUGUUCACAUCUGAGGCCAUGGUCAAGGCCAUCCAGAGGCUCGAACUGGAGGUGGAGGCCAAGAGGCUGCUUGUCCGAAAAGAUCGCCAUCUUUGGAAGGACAUUGGCGAACGGCGAAAAGUCCUCAACUGGCUUCUGUCGUACAAUCCACUGUGGUUACGGAUUGGACUGGAGACAAUCUACGGGGAGUUGAUCUCCCUGGAGAGCAACAGUGAUGCCCUGGGUCUGGCUAUGUUCGUCCUCCAGCGGCUGCUUUGGAACCCGGACAUCGCCGCUCAGUUCAGACAUGCCAAAGUGCCUCACCUUUACAAAGACGGCCACGAGGAGGCGCUGUCCCGCUUCACUCUGAAGAAGCUGCUCCUGCUGGUGUGUUUCCUGGACAAAGCCAAAGAGUCCCGGCUGAUCGAGCACAACCCCUGUCUGUUCUGCUUGGACGCAGAGUUCAAGACGAGUAAAGACCUGCUCCUGGCCUUCUCCAGGGACUUCCUGAGCGGGGAGGGCAUCCUCCCCCGGCACCUCGGCUACCUCGGCUUACCUGUCUCCCACGUUCAGACGCCCCUUGACGAGUUCAACUUCGCCGUGAAGAAUUUGGCAGUUGACUUGAAAUGCGGCAUUCGUCUAGUGCGAGUGAUGGAGCUCCUCAUCCAGGACUGGAGUCUGUCGGCCAAGCUCCGUCUGCCGGCCAUCAGCCGCCUGCAGAAGGUCCACAACGUCGACGUGGCUCUGCAGGUGCUCAAAAGCAAAGGGGUCGACCUCAAAGAUGAACGCGGCUCAACCCUCGAUUCCAGAGAUGUUGUGGACGGACACAGAGAAAAAACUCUGAGCCUCUUGUGGAAAAUCAUCUUCGCAUUUCAUGUGGAGGUGAUUUUGGACGAGGAGCAGCUGAAGGAGGAAAUCGGCUUCCUGAAGAGAACCUCGAGCACCAAACGGAGGCUGGCGUCUCUGAGGGCCGAUCGGGGCCUGCAGCCAAGUCCCGCGAAGACCAGGAGGCCGUACGAACACAGCAGCAGGAAGAUUACCCUGCUGAUGGACUGGGCUCGAGCCGUGUGUGACUUCUACAGUCUGAAGGUGGAGAACUUCACCGUGACGUUCUCGGAUGGCCGCGUCCUCUGCUACCUCAUCCACCACUACCACCCCAGUCUCCUGCCAGAGGAGGCCGUCAGUCACAGCACCACUCAGACCGUCGAGUGCUCACAGAGGGGCCGCCUGGAGCUCGACUGCUCAGCCAGCGACUCCGACAACUCCUUUGACUCCUUGCCGACGGGCCCAGAUUCUCCGUCAGUGGAGUUUAAAGAGCUACUGGAGAAUGAGAAAAACAACUUCAGGCUGGUCAACAGUGCUGUGUCUUUCCUGGGCGGAGUCCCUGCCAUGAUCAAUCCGGCUGACAUGUCCAACACCAUUCCCAAUGAGAAGGUUGUGAUAUCUUACCUGUCCUUCCUGUGCGCUCGUCUUCUGGACCUGCGUAACGAAACCAGAGCGGCUCGGGUCAUACAGGGCGCCUGGAGGAAAUACAGACUGAAGAAAGAUCUACAGCUCUACAAGGAAAGGAACGUGGCUGCUGCAAAAAUUCAGUUAGCUGUGAGGAGAUUUCUGCAGAAGCGCAGAGCUGUGAGGCAGAAUCAAGCUGCCGUUAUCAUCCAGUCAGUGUGGAGGGGUUACGCCGCCCGCAACAGGCUGAGGCUGAAGAAGGAGGCUCAACUUCGGGCUCUGCAGCACGAAGCAGCAACUGUCAUCCAGGCUCAGUGGAGGAUGUUUUCGGCCAUGAGGGCUUACCACCGCCUUAGAUACUACGCCAUAGUUGUCCAAGCACAAUGGCGAAUGAGGAGGGCAGCCUCCGCUUAUGGAAGAAUCCACUGGGCGACAAGAGUCAUUCAGAAGCACCUGCGAGCGUUAGCUCUCUCGAGAAGAGAUCGUGAGCAUUACCUCUGCCUUAGAACCGCAGCGGUGAAAAUACAGAGAGGCUUCAGAACAUGGAAAGCCCAGAAAAUGGAAAAGGAAAACCGUGCUGCCAAAGUGAUACAAGCUGCGUUUAAGAAGUGGUACGAGGGAAAGGUGGCUGCGAGAACUGCUGCUGCUGUGAGGAUCCAGUCUUGGUAUAGACUGCAGAGGUGUUUCCGUCAAUACAGAAAGAUCAAGACAAGCGCUGUGCUCAUUCAAGCCCAAUACAGAGGUCAUGCACAAAGGCGCCACUUUGAGACCCUGAAGCAGCAGCACCGCUCUGCUGUUGUUAUUCAGAGCGCCUUCAGAGGACACACUGUCAGAAAACGGGUAGCAAAGAUGAAAUGGGCUGCCGUCGUAAUCCAGAACUGGUACAGGGCCUCUGUGGAAAGAGACAUGGAAAGGCAAAUGUUUGUGAGGAUGCGAUGUGCUGCCAUUACCAUACAGGCAGCUUAUCGUGGAAAAGUGGCUCGGGACUCCAUGAAAAACCAGCAGAAGGCGGCAACAGUGCUCCAGGCAGCUUUUAGGAAGCACGCUGCCCAAAGGCGCUACCUUCUCCUUAGAAAAGCUGCAGCUGUGAUACAGCAAAAGUACAGAGCCACGGUGUUGGCUCGUAGGACAAAGGAGGAUUAUGAUGCUCUCAGGAAUGCUGCACUCACGAUACAAGCAAACUGGAGAGGCAGAGCCGACAGGAAGGCGCUGGAAAAGCGGCAUCGGUGCGCAACACUGAUACAGGCUUACUACCGUCGGUACAAAGCACAAGCUGAGUACAGGUCCAAGAAGGCAGCCGCUGAAGUCAUACAGCGUCGCUACAAGGCUUAUGUGGCUGGAAAGGAGCUGAGGAAAGCAUACCUGCGCACGAGAACAGCCUGUGUUACGCUCCAGGCUGGAUUCAGAGGCAUGAGGGUUAGAACAGAGCUGAAGAAAACUCACCGGGCAGCGACUGUCAUUCAGUCUUCAGUCAGGAUGUUUUUAUGCAGGAAGCAAUAUGUUCUCCUACAAAGCGCAGCGAUUAUUAUCCAAAGCCGAUACAGAGCACUUGUGGUCUGCAGAGCACGGCAAAAUGAAUACAGAGCGCUUAAGCAGGCCGCCAUAAAGAUACAAGCUGUCUAUCGGGGAUUUAGAGUGAGAGAAGACCUAAAGAAGAAGCACAAUGCUGCCAGAGCAAUCCAAGCUCAGUUCAGGAUGCACAGAAUGCGUAUGGCUUACCUCGCCGCCAAGUGCGCUGCCAUCAUUAUUCAGGAACGCUACAGGGCCAAAAUGCUCAGGGAUCAACAGGUGCAGAGGUACAGAGCAAUGAAGUCUGCAGCUUUAGUCAUCCAGGCAGCAUUCCGGGGCCACAGGGCCAGGAAGACGGUUGCAGAGAUGCACCGAGCUGCCACGAUCAUCCAGAGAAAGUUUUUCACCAUUCGAGAUAGGAAUAGGUUCCUUGCUCUCAAGGCAGCAGCUUUGGUUUGUCAGCAGAGGUACAGAGCAGUAACCCUGGCAAGAAAAGAGCAUUUGGACUAUCUGUCAAAGCGCAGGGCAGCCAUUUGUCUGCAGGCAGCCUUCAGAGGACGCGAGGUCAGAAAGCAGUUGCGUCUUCGCCACGCGGCGGCUGUAACAAUUCAGGCUCGCUUCCGAAAGCACCAGCAGAGAACCUACUACAAAAGGCUCCGCUGGGCUGCCAAUGUAAUACAAGCACGUUACAGAGCUAACAAGAAAAUGAGACAAGAGAUGCAAACCCUGACCGCCAAGAGAAAUGCUGCUGUUGUCUUACAAGCGGCCUUCCGUGGAUUGAAAUCCAGACGAAUCCUCAAACAAAGGAAUGAAGCUGCCAGCGUUGUCCAGAGGGCCUACAGAGCCCACUGUGAGCGCAAACAGUUUCUGAGAUUGAAAGUUUCCGUCCUCGCCAUCCAGCGUCGGUAUCGGGCCGCUGUAGCAGCAAAAGAACAGAUGAAACGAUACAAGCAAAUGCACAGAGCUGCAGUCCUCCUUCAGGCAGCAUACAGGGGGCAGCAGGUCAGGAAGGAGGCUGCACGUUGGCAUCAAGCUGCCACUGUGAUCCAGUCUGCUUUCAGAAGGCACAGAGAGGAAGUCAAGUUCCAGGCCAUGCGGCUGUCUGCCAUCAUCAUCCAGAGAUACUAUCGAGCCUGUAUCCUUCAAAGACGAGACAGAGCAAACUUCAUAGAAAUGAGAUGUUCUGCUGUCGUUCUUCAGGCGGCUUUCAGAGGCCAUCGCGUGCGUAGCAACAUUGUCAAGAUGCACAGGGCAGCUACUGUCAUUCAAGCAAACUUCAAGAUGCAUAAACAGCAGUCAGCCUUCAGGAGGCAGCGCUGGGCUGCGUGCGUCUUACAGCAGAGAUUUAGAGCUCAGAGACAAAGAGAUGUUGAGAUGAAACAAUAUCAAAACUGCAGAAGAGCAGCCAUCGUGUUGCAGGCUGCAUACCGUGGAAUGAAAUUAAGGCAGAACAUCAAGCAAAGUCACCAAGCUGCCAGUGUUAUCCAGAGAGCUUACAGAGCACACUGCGAACACAAGCAGUAUCUAACCUUCAAGUCCUCCGUCCUCACCGUUCAGCUGAGGUAUCGGGCCACUGUGGCGGCAAAGGAACAAAUGCAAAAAUACCACAAACUGCGAAGAGCUGCAGUCCUGCUUCAGGCGGCAUACAGAGGUCAACAGGUCAGGAAGGAGGUUGCCAACUGCCAUCGGGCUGCCACUGUGAUCCAGUCUGCAUUCAGAAAGCACAGAGAGGAAGUCAAAUUCCAGGCCAUACGUCUGUCUGCCAUCAUCAUCCAGAGAUACUAUCGAGCCUGUAUCCUUCAAAGACGAGACAGCGCAAACUUCCUAAAAGCGAGACGUUCUGCUGUUGUUCUUCAGGCGGCUUUCAGAGGCCAUCGCGUGCGAAGCAACAUUGUCAAGAUGCACAGGGCAGCUACUGUCAUUCAAGCAAACUUCAAGAUGCAUAAACAGCAGUCAGCCUUCAGGAGGCAGCACUGGGCUGUGUGUGUCUUACAGCAGAGGUUUAGAGCUCAGAGACGAAGAGAUGUUGAGAUGAAACAUUAUGAAAAGGUUAGGGAAGCUGUCAUUAAUCUACAAGCUGCUUUCCGAGGAAUGAAAUCCCGGAGACUCAUCAAACAAAGGCAUCAUGCUGCUGGUGUUGUCCAGAGAGCUUACAGAGCCCACUGCGAACGCAAACAGUAUCUGAAAUUGAAGUCAUCCGUCCUCACCAUCCAGCGGAGGUAUCGGGCUACCAUGGCGGCUAAAGUGCAAAGAACACAAUACCUAGAACUGUGCAGGGCGGCCAUCAUCGUUCAGGCAGCAUACAGAGGGCAGCAGGUCAGAAAGGAGGUCGCUCUUCGCCAUCAGGCUGCCACAGUUAUACAGUCUGUGUUCAGAAAGCACAGAGAGGAAGUCAAAUUCCAGGCCAUGCGCCUGUCUGCCAUCAUCAUCCAGAGAUGCUAUCGGGCCUGUGUCGUUCAAAGGCGAGACAGAGAAAAGUUCCUGAAAAUGAAACGAUCCACCGUCAUCCUUCAGGCAGCAUUUAGGGGCUGGCGUGCCAGAAGGGACAUUAGCAGACAAAGCCGAGCUGCUGUCGUGAUCCAGUCACGCUGGAGAUGCGUGGUACAGAGGCGUAUCUUCUUGAAGAAGAGGGAGGCAGCUCUGAAACUUCAGCGGAGGGUCCGGGCCAUGCAGCUCGGCAAGCUGGAGAGGAGCAACUUCACCCGAAUGAGGAGAGCUGCUGUCACGCUUCAAACACACUGCAGAGCCUGGAUUGCAAGACAGCAGGUACUCGAAGAAGCCAAGGCUGAGAGGAGGCUCCGUUUUACAUCGGCGCUCUUCCACCAUCUCAGUGCCAUAAAGAUUCAACGAACUCUGAGAGCGCACUGGGCUCUGGAGUCGGCCAAAAGACAAAUCCAUUCCGUCAUCACCAUACAGCGAUGGGUGAGAGCGAGGCAUCAGAGGAGACGGUAUCUGGAGGAUAGGAGGAAGGUGGUUACAGCCCAGAGAGCAGUCAGGCGCUGGUUAGCUCGUCGCCACCGGGCUGCGUCGGUCAUCCAAGGCGCCGUCCAGAAAUUCCUUCUCCUCCGGCGCCAGAAGAGGGUUCAACAGGGCAUUGUCAAAGCUCAGGCUCUGUGGAGAGGACACCGCUCCCGCCGACUGAACGACAAUCCCAAGGUGGUGAAGCUGAGACACCGGUUACGCAAAAUCGCAGCCAGCGUCCGCGAGGAGGACAAACUGUGCAACAAGACGUCGUGCGCCCUCGAUUACCUCCUCCGAUACAAACACUUCUCCUACAUUCUAGAGGCCCUGAAAAAUCUGGAGACUGCCACCAGGUUGUCCCCUGAGUGCUGUGAGCGCCUGGUAGAGAGCGGAGCCACCAACGUCAUCUUCACGCUCAUCCGCUGCUGCAACAGGAGCGUCCCCUGCAUGGACGUCAUCACCUUCUCCAUCCAGAUCCUCCUCAACCUCUCCAAGUACCACAAGACCAUCGAGGCGGUGUAUUCGGUGGAAAACUCUGUGGAAACACUGCUGGACCUGCUGCAGAGAUACCGGGAGAAGGCCGGGGAUAAAGUGGCAGAAAAGGGCGGCAGCAUCUUCACUAAGGCUUGCUUCCUUCUCGCUCUCCUCCUGCAAGACAGGCACCGCGCUGUGGAGGUUAUGAAGCUGCCCAAAGUCUUGGAUAGGAUACGAAGUAUUUACCGCCUCACGGCCCGCAAACACAAGAUGGACGCAGAAAGAACCGUCCUCAAACAGAAGAUGAACGCGUCAAUCAACGGGAGCUUCUUCGUUCCGGCAACGCCCCGUAAAUCCCGCCCUGCGCCAAAGUUUGCACCGGAUUGGGUUCUCAGAAAGGACAAGCUAAAAGACAUUGUGGACCCUCUCAGGGCCAUUGAAAUGGUGGCAAACACACUCUCCAUUGUGUUGUAAAUAGACAAGCUUUUAAAUCGUGAUUUGUCAUCUCAUUUUUUUUUUCUCCCUCCAGAAAAUAUUGUUUUAUGUAUUGUUUAAAGGUUUUUUACUGACACAUUUCCAUGUUUUCAUGUGUAUAUAUUAAAAUGGAUUUGUUUCUUAAACACGG